AUGAACGCAAAAAUAAUAUUUUGUUGGUUUCUAAUUGGAAUUGGAAUCGGAUUUUUCAUUACUAUUCUAACAGUUAAGGAUCCAGAAUCAAUUCGACAUAUCAACAAAUUCAAGGUGGCUGAAGUGAGUUUAAGAAAAGGACCCCAUCCUAAUUUGACGCAAACAAGUAUUGAGAAUGUAAAAAAGAUCCGAAUAUUGUGUUUCUUGCAUACGAUGCCAAAGACUCAUUCAUCACGAGCGGUUCAUAUUCAGCAGACGUGGGGCAAGCAUUGUGAUAAAUUAUUGUUUUCCAGUACGUUAACUGAUAUAAAUUUGGGAGCCCUUGGAUUCAAUGUCACUAAUGAUCAUGGUCAUAUGUGGGGCAAAGUUAAAUUAAUGAUGCAGCAUAUUUACAAGAAUUUUCUCAGCGACUACGAUUGGUUCAUAAAAGGUGACGAUGACACGUUUUUAAUCACUGAAAACUUACGUUACAUGUUGUCGGCAUAUUCCACUGAGGAUCCCAUUUACUUUGGAUAUAAAUUCAACACUACGGACCAUAAGCAAGGGUAUUUUAGUGGAGGCAGUGGCUACGUGAUGAGCCGACAAACUGUUCGAAUAUUCGUUGAAAAAAUGCUAACCAACAAAGAGUUCUACCGCAAAUCAGAAGGAGAACAACCGAGAGACUGUCAUAUUGAAACCGAUAAUCGAGUCGAGGAUUGGGAAAUUUCCCUUUGUCUUGACCAUUAUAAUGUGUAUGCCGGCGAUUCACGAGAUUUGCUUAAACGCGAUCGCUUUUUAACCUUUUGGCCGGAGGUGCAUUUAUUCGGCAAACCCGAUCCCAAUUCUUGGUACUGGCAAAGAAAAUACUAUUGGAACGAUGAAGGAUUGGAUUGCUGCUCAAAUUAUACGAUUAGUUUUCAUUACAUCCAGGGUAAAUAUCAAUACUCGAUGUAUUUCCUCACGUAUCGGCUGCAACCCUUUGGAAUUAGACGUCAUUUCCCACCGCAACCGAAGAAAAGGGAUUUUACAGAAGUAAAGAAUAUACUCGACCAAGAACGAGUUGAUGUAUCUUUACGGGGAUAUUAG